AUUCACAGGCUCGUUGAUAGAUCCACAGUCUUAAGAAUUCACCUAUCUUCAAUCAUGGCAGAGAAACGGCGAAUUCUCCUCGUCGGUGCUGGAGGGAUAGGGACCAUGACCGCAUUCAACCUUGAACAAGGAGGUCUUGCGACAGUGACAGCAGUUCUCCGCUCAAACUACGAUGUGGUUAAAGAAAAAGGCUUCACAAUCGACUCUUGCGACCAUGGCCAGAUCCAGGGCUGGAGACCGACAGAGGUCGUCAAAACCAUUCCCCAUGCAAGCCCAGACCACCCCUACGACUAUGUCAUCUGCACCACCAAAAACAUCCCUGACAUUCCACCGACGAUAGUCGACCUAAUCCGACCAGCCAUCACACCAGGCCAUUCGGUCAUCGUCCUGAUCCAAAAUGGACUGAACAUUGAGAAACCCCUACACCAAGCAUUUCCCCAGAACUUUGUCCUGUCAGGAGUCUCGCUAAUGGGCGCCGACGAGCUCAGUCCCGGCGAAAUCCUCCAAAACGACAAGGACCGACUCAUCAUCGGACCAUUCCUAUCACCCAAUCUCGACACACAAGCCCAAAUCGACUCUGCUCAAGACUUUGUACACAUCUACUCAACCUCAGGCAAAGUCGACUGUACAUACGAUGCCGACGUACUGUUCGUAAGAUGGCGGAAACUCAUGUACAAUGCCGUGUGGAAUCCAAUCUGUGCGCUGACGGAUCUCGACACCUCACGCUUCCGUCUGGCGUCAGACCCGUCUGAUCCAGCCAGUCCCCUCGACCUUCUCGUGCGCCCUGCCAUGCAUGAGAUCCGAGCCGCCGCUAAAGCAGCGGCCAACGUUGAUUUACCCGAGUCAUUGGUCGAGGCGAUGGUCGAAUGUGAUCCAAUUGAAAUUUUCUGCUCUCCUAGCAUGCAACAGGAUAGGCGGAAGAAGCGAUUCAUCGAGUAUGAAAACCUGGUUGGUGAGGCUUUGAGGGAAGGCGAAAAGGCGGGUGUUGGUAUGCCCAUUGUGAGAACUAUUUAUGGCUUGUGCAAGGCUGUGCAAUGGCGUACGAAAGAAACAAGUGGUUUGGUAGAUGCGCAGAAAUUGAUGGAGCAGAGGAAAGGGCGGUAGAUUGAUCAUCGAUUCGAGAGAGAUGUAUCCUGCUAAGAUGAUGAUAAUAAUGUCCAUCAUGCUGACUCGAGCAAGACAAUAUCGACCCAGAGAAGCCCGGAAAGGUCACAAUUUGUAGACCAAUUUCUUCCCACUCAC